CCAGGGCACAUCAUGCAUAAUGCACAAGCAGUGUUCAAGUGAAAUAAUGCCAUGUCACCCCCCGCCCUCCACUUUCCUCCAGCAAUGAGGGCGGCUUUGCAAGAGUGCAGAGGAGAUGCCGUGCCAGCCAGGAGCUCCUGCAGGAACCAAGGCAUUGCCAGCAGCCAUGCAGACCUGCCCGGGUGCAAGAUGACAUUCACAAUCACACCAGCAGCCAGACUCACCCAGGCUUUCUUUUGCUUCCUCCUAUGCGUCCCCUGGGGCAGCUCCUGCCCCCCAAGCUGCCAGUGCACAGAGCGGGCUGGGGCAAAGGCUGUCCUCUGCAGCUCCCAGCACUUGGAGGAGAUCCCCAAGGACAUCCCCAAAGAUGCUGUGUUCCUCAAGCUGGAUGCUAACAGCAUCACCAGGAUCCCCAGCAAUGCCUUCAGGCACCUGUCCCACUUGGAGGAGCUCGACCUCUCCAGGAACGCCAUUGAGAAGAUUGACAGGGCGGCUUUCAAAGGUGUGGCUGCUGGGCUGCGCACCCUUGACCUCUCCAGCAAUCGCAUCCGCAGCAUCCCCAAAGAAGCUUUGCUGAUGCUCAACGCCAAGCUCCGGCUGGCCAACAACCCCUGGCACUGUGAGUGUGCCUUGCAGGAGGUCCUGUGGGAGGCACGACUGGACCCCGACUCUGUACAGGACAUCACCUGCCACACAGCCCCGCAGGAGGAGUAUGUGGGGAAGCCACUGCUGCAGGUCUUAGAUGCAGGUGUCAACCUCUGCAGCAUGCGCCAGAGGACCACAGAUGUGGCCAUGUUCAUCACCAUGUUUGGCUGGUUUGCCAUGGUCAUCGCCUAUGUGGUCUGCUAUGUCCGGCACAAUCAAGAGGACACCCGUAAGCAUGUGGAGUACCUGAAAUCAUUGCCAAGCACCCAGAACCCUACAGAGACCAUCAGCACUGUCCUGUAGUGCAAGACUGGGGUGCUUUCUUCCCAGCUCCUUUGCAGAGAGCCAGUGGCAGCCUGGCAGGUUUCCAAAGCUUCUUUACAGGAUUUUCCUGAGGAACUGUAUUUUGGCAUAACCUCAACAGCAGCCAUCCCUUUCUGGGCAAUGUGCAGGCCUUUGUGUGCUUUAUAUUGCUGCUAAUCCUAGGUCCAGAUAAAGUGUGACAGGAUAUGGCCUGCUCUCUCUACAGAGCUCCUCGGUAGAGAGCACCCAGUGCCUUUGGAGAGCAAGAGCUCCCAGGCCCAGGCAGGAAAGCCAUUCCCAGCCAGGCAUAUCUCUAGCAAUGGCAGUGCCUGCUCCGGUCCUGCAAACCAGUGCCAGUGACCGCCCCAGCAGGGAAGGAGGCAGGGGCCUGGAGCCAGCCCCAAGUAACCCCAGACUGAGCAUGGGAGAGUGACGUGGAGGAGGAUGCAGAGGGGAGGUGAUGCAGACCUGCCUGUGGAACGCAAGGACCUGGGGAGUAAGUCUCCCCAGUGCAGAGCACCCCUCUCCCCUACAAGACCACCCACUGCCAGCCAGGCUAGCAGGGAAAGCAGCCCCAGCCACACCACUUGCAGGCCGCAUAAUUUGGAGAGAAGAGGCCCAUGGGGACAUAGAUAUGGAAGGCACUUGUGGGGCCCUCUCGCCUCACUCUGCCUCUUCGAGGAAAGCUUGGUGCCUGCAGUGAAGAGGGACCUUGCAGCAGGAUCAUCCCGUCAUGGCUCCAAGGAGGGACUGGCCUUGCAGAGAGCAGGACAUCAUCCCCAGCCCCCAUGGCAUCUCGAUAGCCCCCACUUGCCACUGGCAGCCUCGGGACGUUCUCCUAAACCUUUGUUUUCUCAGUAAAGCCCUGUACCUAGGAAAAGCCCCUGGGGUUUCCCUGCACUGGGAGCUGGGCAUCUGGGAGACAGGGUGCUGGGGGUCUGAACCUCCCCUGCAGCCAGAUCCCUAGGCAGCCUCUCCACCCUUGGCUCAUCCUGCUUCCAGAGGUGAGUCCCCCCCUCACAGGCUUGUCGUGCUUUGCUCCUUCCUUUCUGCAGCUCCAGGCAUGGUCCUCAAGUUUUUUCAUCAGCCUACACUCCAACUGCAAAGAGAAAUCAGGAGACCUGCCCCUCCCAGAGAUGGUCAGGGAGGGUGAUGGUGCUCUGCAGUGUCCCUUGCCUGAAUUCAAUCUCUCCUAAAGUAGACAGCCCUAAAUUCAGUGUACCAGCUUGGCUCCCAUUAGGUUACAUCCUCUCUACCCUCACCUCAGCCUGCCUCAAGCAGGGGUGGCAGGGACGAGCAGGUUUGCUCUGCAGGCCAAAUCGUGUUUCUGCAUCUUGCCUGGUAAGUGCAGGGACAUCUUGCCCUAUCUUGCCCUUCCUCCAUCUCAGGACUGAAUUAAAGAUGAUACUCUUGGCUCAGAGCAAUGAAAGCAAAUUGAAUUCUGCCUCAUUCACAAGCAGGAGGAAAGAGCCUUCCCAGCACAGCAAGCCUCAUCUGCCGCUGG